AUGAGAAGGUCGUUAUUUCUUCAUGUAGUUGACAGAGUCCAACAACGUGAUCCAUGGUUUCAACAAAAAUAUGAUGCAGUUGGUAAGCCCGGUUUUUCACCAUUACAAAAAUGCACUGCAGCUUUGAGAUUUUUGGCAUAUGGAGUAGCAGCUGACCAAAUUUAUGAGUACGUCAAAAUUAGUGAGAAAAGCUCACUCAACGCCUUAUGUAAAUUUGUUGAUGCUAUAAUUGUUGAGUUUCAAGACGUGUAUUUGAGAAAGCCAAAUCAAGAUUACUUACAGAGGCUACUGCACAUUAGAGAGGUGCGUGGAUUCCCAGGCAUGUUGGGAAGUAUAGAUUGUAUGCAUUGGGAGUGGAAAAAUUGUCCUACUGCUUGGCAAGGACAAUUUCAAGGUCGAGAUGGUAAAGCUACAAUCAUAUUAGAAGCAGUUGCAUCAGUAGAUUUAUGGAUAUGGCAUGCUUUUUUUAGAGUUUUGAGUUCAUCAAACGACAUUAAUGUACUAAAUCAUUCGCCAAUUUUUAACGAUAUAUUUGAAGGACGAGCACCACCAGUGAAUUUUGAAGUAAAUGGUCACCAAUACAAUAUGGGAUAUUACCUAGCAGAUGGUAUAUAUCCAGAAUGGGCAACUUUUGUACAAGCAUAUCGGCUUCCACAAGAUAUUGCUCGUCCUGUGCAUGGUGUUAAGUUGCUUCGUGGUCCUGUCAGUGCGGAUUCCUCUUUCUGUGUCUCUGGUCUUCAGGCUACGCUUCUUCGCAAUUUUGGUAUUGUUGGUCCAGGACUGGCCUUCGAUGGUGCUCUUAGUCUUUUUAAUUGGAUUGUGGAGACUGACCUUAUGAGUAACCCUAGUGAGAUCGCUGCCCCUAACUCAUAA